AAUAUUAUUAAAACUCAACAAAUCAAAUUUUUAUUAUAGGUAGAUUAUAUUAGAAUUGUUUUAACUAAUAAUAAGAUAUAAUUUACGAUAAUGAACAUGGUGAUGUAUGGUAAAAAAUAGUAUAAUAUUUAAAUAAGAAUACAACGAGAUGUAAUUUUUUGAAUUUUUAAUACUAGCCGCGCAAAUGCGCGGGCUAUACGUCUAGUUUUUCAAAUAAGACGAGUCAUUAAACUUGAGGUUAAAGAGGUCAAACAUCCUAUAAUUUGAAACGGAUGCAAGUGGGUAUAUACAUGUACAAAUAAAUGAGCAUCCAAUUUGAAGUUUUGUGAAUUACACGAUGAUGAUCCAAAGAAAUCAAAAUAUGCAUCCCUGAUCCGUUCACUUCGCAUGUGGCCCGCAGGGGCCUCAAACUCGUCGGCUCUCAAGGUCGUGCACCGCCACGGCCCGUGCUCGCCGCUGCGUUCACGCGGCGCCGCACCGUCUCCUGUCGAGAUCCUGCGCCGGGACCGGGACAGGGCCAACUCCAUGCUCCGUAGGAUCGCCGGCGCGUCCGCGACCAACGCAGCCCGAGCCUCGAAUGGCGUGCGCAUGCCCGCGCACUGGGCCACCGCAACCCUCGGCACCAACAACUACGUCGUCACGGUCGGCCUCGGGACGCCGGCGAGGUACUUCACGGUGGAGUUCGACACCGGCAGCGAUCUGUCGUGGGUGCAGUGCAAGCCCUGCAAGGACUGCUACGAGCAGAACGACCCGCUCUUCGACCCGGCCAAGUCGCCGACGUUCUCCACCGUGCCCUGCGGCGCGCGGGAGUGCCGGGAGCUCCACCCGCAGAGCCAGAGCUGCUCGCCGGACAACAGGUGCCGGUUCGAGUGCGCGUACGCCGACGGCUCGCAGACCGACGGCGACCUCGCGCGCGACACGCUGACGCUGACGCCGUCCGACGCGAUCAGGGGUUUCGUCUUCGGGUGCGGCCACCAGAACAGCGGGUUCUUCGGCACGGAGGACGGGCUCAUCGGCCUCGGCCGCAAGAGCGUGUCGCUGUCCUCGCAGGCGGCGGGCAGGUACGGCCCGGGGUUCUCCUACUGCCUGCCGUCGCUGUCAAGCGGCACCGGGUACCUGGCCCUCGGCGGCGGCGCGCCCGCGAACGCGCAGUUCACGCCGAUGGUGCCCAGCCGCGCCCUGCCGUCGCUGUACUUCCUCCGGCUCACCGGCAUCAUGGUCGCCGGCAAGGCGGUGAAGGUCCCCGCGGCCAGCAUGCUGAUCGACUCGGGCACCCAGCUCACCAGCCUCCCCGACGGCACCUUCGCCGCGCUCUGGUCGGCGUUCGCGCGCCUGAUGACGGGCAGGUACAGGAGGGCACCGGGCCUGUCGUUCCUGGACACGUGCUACAACUUCACCGGCCACGCCGCGCUGCAGGUGCCGUCGGUGGCCCUGGUGUUCGCCGGCGGCGCCACGGUGAACCUCGAUGUCAGCGGAGUUCUGGUGAAGUUGGGUUCGGAUGAGCCAAACGUGGCGUGCCUGGCGUUCACGUCCUCCGGCGACGACACGCCCACCGGCAUCCUCGGGAACCAGCAGCAGAAGACGUUCGCCGUGGUCUACGACGUAGCCAACCAGAGGGUCGGGUUCGGCGCCAAGGGCUGCGCCUGAAUUUUCCCUGUGAUUGAUCCUGCACGAUCACCGGCUGUAGUGUGAUUUCAGAAAUGGAAAUUACAUGGCACCUCUGCCAGAGAUUAUACGGAAGAGCAGCACGCAAAGGGUGGCUGGAGUGUGGAGUGGGUGACCCCGUUGCCGUUACCGUCACUCCGUCAGGCAAUGAGGGCUUUGUGCUGCCACCGGGAACACUCCCAAAGAAUGUCACCUCGCCGGGCGAAUGUGGGGUGCCCGCUUGGCGCCCCUACAUCAUAUGGCACAAGGGACUUAAAAUAUGCUGCCUUCUGAAUAAAAAGUUAUUACCUGUUUUAAAAGAAUAAAUUUUUGAGAGUAAUCCAUCUGAAUAGGAGUGUCAAUUGGGGAAUAGAUCCUAUGCAGUCAGUUUCCAUGACUACUCCGGGCAGUCAGCAACAUCGUGCCAUCCGCUGCGAUCGAGCG